AUGUCGCCUAUACCUGAUGACUAUCUGCAUCGAGUCUACGCUGGCGUUCUUGGAAAGCUGGUGGGCGUCUACCUUGGACGGCCGUUCGAAAACUGGACGUAUCAAGAAAUACAGGAUAAGCUCGGAGAUAUUCGCUACUAUGUACACGACAAGCUAGGUCUACCACUUGUUGUAAUUGACGAUGACGUCUCAGGUACUUUUACCUUUGUUCGCGCGCUAGAAGAGCACGCUGCCUCUGCAGACCUCUCGUCUGAGGAUGUCGGCAAGACUUGGUUGAACAACGUCGUGGAGGGUCGCUCUAUCUUCUGGUGGGGAGGCAAUGGCAUCUCGACCGAGCACACAGCAUUCCUCAAUCUCAAGAAUGGCAUCACUGCCCCUGCAAGUGGUGCGUUUAAGACGAAUGGUCGCACUUUGGCAGAGCAGAUUGGCGCUCAAAUCUUCAUCGAUGGCUGGGCUAUGGUCGCUCCAGGAAAUCAGGCUCUGGCGGCGCAGCUUGCCGAGACAGCUGCACGGGUGAGCCACGAUGGCGAGGCCGUAUAUGCGGCCAAGUUAUGGGCGGUCAUGGAGGCAGAAGCGUUCCUGUCCAGCGACGUCAACCAUCUCCUUGAUGCCGGUCUGGCGUUUGUUCCAACUGACUCCAUUAUCGCGCGGAUGAUUGCCGACGUCAGGCGCUGGGUGCAAGAGGACGGCGACUGGAGGCAAACGCGUCAGCGAAUCGAAGACAAUUAUGGCUAUGAUAAGUAUCCGGGCAUCUGUCACGUUGUCCCCAACCAUGCCAUUAUGAUCAUGGCUGUACUAUACGCAGGCCAUGACUUCCAUGAGGCCAUGCAUGUCAUCAACACCUGUGGUUGGGAUACCGAUUGCAAUGCCGGAAACGUUGCGUGCUUGGUUGCUCUGAUGCACGGCCUGGCCGCAUUUCAAGAUGGUCCUGACUGGCUAGGCCCUUUGGCCGAUCGAGCCAUCAUCUCCAGUGCUGACGGUGGCUACUCGAUCAACAACGCAGCGCGUAUAGCAUACGACAUAGCCAAUCUCGGCCACCGCUUAUCCGGCAACCCAGCCUUCCAGCCGCCAAAGGAUGGCGCUCAGUUUCAUUUCUCCCUUCCUGGUAGUGUUCAGGGCUUCCAGUCGCCUUCAGAUCUGGCUCGUAUCAGCCAAAGCCAAGACAGCGGAGUCGAUAGCCUUUGUAUUCACAUCAACAACCUGACAGACACGAGCGACGCUGUCGAAGUAAUGACACCAACCUUUACCCCGCUAGAUAUCCUCCAAGUCGAUCGAAACUACGAAAUCAUGGCCUCACCUCUGGUGUACCCAGGCCAAAGGGUCAAAGCAGAACUGCACGCAGCCGACAGCAACACUGCAGUCUCGACUGUGUGUCUGAGAAUCAAGGCAUACGACGAAAACGACAUCUUGAGAACCGUGGAUAGUCAGCCUAUAAGUAUGAAGUCCGGGCAGCAGGAUAGCCUGGAAUGGAUCAUCCCCGAAAGCCUUCAGAACUGGCCCAUCUAUAAGAUUGGCAUCGCCAUCAGAACUUCCACAGGCUCUCCGAACCUUAAUGGUGCCAUAUUCCUUCACAGCUUGCGAUGGGAUGGCGCGCCUCGAAUGACACUGAAACGACCCGCGAAUAAGAGUAGAUACCAGAGUUUCUGGAACCGUGCCUGGGUCAGUUCCAUAGACAAGGUGCACACUGACAUGGGGCCGUCAUUCUUCAUCGCUCAAGACCGAGGCGAGGGCCUCCUAAGCCAGGGUGCCAGGGACUGGAUCGACUAUGAUGUGACGGUGUCGAAUUUCGUAGUCAAUUUCGGUGGACCGAUGGGGGUUGCCGCUCGGGUCCAGGGACUGAACCGCUAUUACGGGCUCAUGUUUACCAAAGACAAGCGCGUGGCGUUGGUUAAGGCCGCUGACGAUAAGAGGAUAGAGCUGAUGAGCAUGCCUUUUGCAUGGGAAGAUAAUCACAAGUACCAAGUGCACCUACGCGUGCGGGGCAGCAAGAUCGAAGGUAAAGUCGGUCAGGUGGAAUUGACGGUGACAGACGAGGACUAUGUAGGAGGCGCAGUGGGUUUGGUGGUGACGGAUGGUUCACUAUCAGCCGAUAGCAUCUCUAUUUCUCCAAUAGACAGCGGAAAAUGA